UUGCGCUUCUCAAAUCGCAUGUUCGUCGCCAAAAUAAAUUUAUUAGGAUGUAUUAGGCGUUUAAUGUUUAUUUUCGACAGCAAUAUAAAACAUCCAUCCUUUAAAUGGUUUCUCAUCAACACGUCAAGGAAAAUACCCCAAAAUCUCUCUGUGCAACUCAUUACCUUGUGUUAUGAAUUAAAUAGUAUUUCAGAGAAACAAAAAUGUUUUAUCGCGUGUUGAAGUGCCGCUUGAUGUUUAAGUUCUAUAUUCUAGCGGCAAUAGUUAUUUUAAUUUACUGUCUAUAUUUUCACUCACACUAUAAGUUGUAUCCGAUCGCUCCUGUGACGAUACCUCCUGGAUUAGCACACUCCCACAAUUCGAGACACUUAUCGAAGUCCGUCACUAUUGUGUUUCGCCAGUUUGAAGAUUUCGAGAACGACAUCGCGGAGUGUGUACAAUCGUUCGUGGCCGCGUAUCCGAACAUAGCUAUCGUCGUGUUGUGCGAGAGAACACAGUAUCCGCCUUUCCAGUUCUCCGCGACGAAUCAAACCCUAAAGAACGUCAGGAUCGUAUCUCUGGAGUUGAAACUGGAUAAGUCACCGCACGAUCUAGAUCCAUUCACUUAUAUAACCACAGAGUAUGUGCUAUUUGUACCUGAUUCAACGAGGGUGUCGAGAAGGGUUUUGCAACAGAUGUACCUUGCGGCUACUACGUACCCGGCACAGGCGAUAGCUGUGGCCACUGGUAAUGCACACCUAAUAUGUCAACAUGUGACUUGGAACUAUGCUGACUGGACUCUACUUUACCAUAAAGACGCUUCCGGAAAACUGUGUGAUGCAGUCCACGGCCAGCAUGUGUUAAUGGUCAAAAACUCUAUCCUGCAAACAUUGCCUCAACCAUUCAUCUUUCCCUUUCCAGAGUCAUUAUAUUUACAACUGACUGUUAAGAAAAUUAAGGUACAAAUUAUUGAAGGUAAAUUUGGUGCUGGCAGGAGUGUACUAAAAACUCCAGCAUUAAAACAGAAAUCUAGUAGACGUAACAAAGAUUACCGACUCUCACUGUACAAGGACCUAGGAGUUAAAGCAGUUGUUAGAGAAGAUGGAAGGAUGCAGUGGUAUGGCUGCAAAAAGGAAACACAGCGGUGCUUCCCACCUGUACAAGGUACGCCGUCGUACGUGUUGUCGGGUCGGAACACGCCGCCGUGCUGCCGCCGCAACAUCCGACGCGCCGUGACGCACGUGUUGCGCGUGUUGACGCAGGCCGGCGCGCGCUGCUGGCUGGAGACUACGUCGCUAUUGGGGGCUAUAGUCAGUAGUGACCUCCUCCCUUACGUCGAGUACGCGGAAAUCGGGAUCCACAGCGGUGACGUAUCACGAGUGCUAUGGCUGCAGCGAGGUGGUGCAGACAACGACGGCUACGUAUGGGAACGAGCGACUAAAGGCCACUACUACAGAGUGGCCUACUCCGCUACUAACCGAGUGUAUGUGCUGAUACUGCCGUUUGCGGCGAGGAACGGUACCAUGUGGCCCGCUGACUGGGUCAUGGCACAUCAGAGAGAGUUCCAUGAGAGGCAUUUGCAUCCGCUAGCUCAGAUACAAUUUGCUGGCCAUCAGGCACCGGCUCCGAACGACGCACGCGCAUUCCUGGACCACAAACUUGGACCAAACGCCGUGGAGAAAUGUGAAAAGAUUGGUCCAAAGUUGCUAUACUAGUCUACGCUUGCAUUUAUGAUUGUGAUAAUAAUGUUCAAGUUUUGUGACUUGGAGCAAAGUAUGCAAGUUUUUAUGUCACUGUGGUUGUAAGUUUUAUAAGUUUGUCAUUUUACUUUAAUAUUAUCAAUUAUGAAAAGAUAAUUUAAGUUUUGAAUGAAUAACAAGAGAGAGUUGUU